AUGUGGUCAAUAACCCCUGCAUUUUUUCUUUUCAUUAUAUUUACUUUUCUCGUGAAACAGUAUGUAUCCCCUGAUGAAGGGAUAUUUAAAAGGCGAGUAUUAAACCCUUUUCAAUACCAGAAGGACAAGAAGUGCAUUAUGAAACAUGUUAACUCACUUUCUUUUCUUUAUAACGAGUUGAAGAGUAAUGUUGAAGACUUAGAACGCACAUACGAUAAUUUUAUAAAAGCCUUGGAGGUGUCAGAUGAAACAGAGAAACACUUACUUAAAGUAAAUAAUGAAAGAACAAAUAAUUUUAUAAACACAAUGGAAGAAUUAAAAAGAGACUAUGAUAUUUUUAAAGAUAACAUUGAGGAAGAUUUAAAUAGAAAAAAAAAUGAUUUUAAUAAAACAUUAAAUAAAAAGAUUAAAGGAUUUUUUCGUAAUUCUGUAAAAGAAUUAAAAGGAAUUAGUAAGUACAUAAAAUAUAUUAAUUCAAAUGCGUAUAAUUUAAACAAAAUUGUUUCAAGUAUAUUUUCUAAAGCAAUGCAUCUAAGUGAAAUAUAUGAACAAAAUAUUCAUCAUAUAUACGAAAUAGGAAAAGAAUAUUAUAGAAUGAAAUUAAAUACAUUAAAUAAUAUGCUAUUGUCCGAAUAUGAUGAAUAUAAUAAACAAAUAAAAUUAAUAUCAAAUGAAAAAUAUUUAGACAAAUUUUCAGAUGUCUUUUAUAUGGAAAUGUUAAAAGAUUAUUUACAGAAUUGUAAGGAUAAAUUUAUUAUGAUCGAUUUAUCUAAUUUUUUAGAACGUCAUUCUUUUCUAGAAUUAUCCUACUUUUUUAACACGAUAAUAAAAAAUUAUAAUAAAGGAAUUAUUAUAUAUGUAAUUAAUAGAGUAGAUGUGAACUAUUAUAUUAAUAAAAUGAUAUUUAUAGAAUCAAAUAAAUUAUUAGAGAUAGUUAAUUUUAUUAAAUCAAAUUAUAGUCAUCUACAAAUUGACUAUGUAACUAUACAUAUAUUUAAUAUAUAUAUAUCUGUAUUCAUAAAUGCAAAUGGAAUUCUGUAUCAUGUAAAUUAUGAACAUCUUCUGGAUGAACGAUUAUUAAGUUUAUAUAAUACAUAUAAUUAUGGAUACUUUUUUACAAAUCAAAAAAUUAAUUACGAAGAAUAUAAUUUAAACGAUGAUUAUAUAUAUGUAUUAUAUGUUGGAAGCAGAAGUGUUGAAGAUAAUUAUUUUAUAUAUAAUAGAGAAGAUAUGAUAGAAUUUAAAAAACUACAUGCUUAUAAAAUUAUUGUAAAUAACAAUGUUAAAACCCAGGAUUCUUUUUUUAAUAUUUAUUUAUUAAAAUUAGAGUCAGAGUAUAAUUUUUACAAUAAAUUCCUUAGCGAGCAGCAUGCUCACCGUUAUAGGUUUUCCGUGCAUAAGUGCAACAUUAUAUUGACCUACGACUCCCUGAGCAAAUAUAACAUUCCGAAUGAGAAGUUCACACCUCAUUUCACAGACGUUUAUAUUCUAAUAAUUAUUUACCCGGGAAAAAACGUGAAUGAACUUUGUAGUUUUUUUAAUAAUUAUUUAUUCAGUGAAUCGAUAUACAACUUAAGGAAAGAAGAAUCAAAUGUGCUUGAAAUUUAUUCCGAUAUGAAUAAGAUAACCUUACUUGUUAACAACAAAGCGAAAAAUUAUUAUGUAAAUAUAAGCAAUAAAAAAACUUCCGAGCCCCUGGAAAUUAGCUUGUUGAAAAUACAAAAAUGUUUGAAAUUUUAUAUAAGGAAUAACUACAUUGAUUACUUUGACUAUUUGAAUAUAAUUUAUUUUAUAUCGUCUGACUAA